CAGAUGAGGUUCACUUGCCUGCUGAGCUUAAAUCGGAAAUUAGAAAUGUGGAUGGGAGGAGAAUAUUUUUUCCUGUCCUUUUGCUUACCGUAGGAUUCAUCUCCUCCCUUGUCCAGCCUUAUCUUACACAUUUAAUGAAGAAAGCACUGCAAUUCUCAUUCAUACACAUCUACCUGCCUCUCCAUCCUUCCUACAGCAUGACCACAGGGGCUCUCCUGGAAUACCAGCUGCAGUCAGAGGUCGUGUGUCUCCCCCUCCUUUUUUUUUUUCUUUUUUUUUUUUUGUGGGGGGGAGGGGGUGUGGGGCAGAGUGACAGAAAUAUCAUAAUGUACUGAAAAUAUUUAUAAAUUAAUACUAGGCAACCAAUAGUUUGUUAAUCUUGUUUCCCUGUUGUCUUGAUCCGGCUCUGGGCUGGUGGUACACACUUUGGAAAGCUUUCAAGCACUUCAUUUCAUCUUUGAAUUGCACAUGCUUUUCUGUCAGUUUUAAGGUUUCUUGUGCUUAGGAGGAAACAUGCUCUGACAUGCUGGAGAUUGGUGGUGGUAAACAUUUCCUUUGAGUACAAAGUGCAUGUGUGAAAAAAGUCUUUUUUUCCUUUCUUUCUUUCCUGAAAAUAUGUUUCUUUCUCACUUGCUCCUUUUUCUGUUGUAGUUAAUAACCUGUAAAAGAGCUGAUUCUGGAGAUUUGAGUGAAAUGGCACUUUUGGAAUUGUACUUUUAACCACACCACGCUGGGGAAAGUGCAGAAGCUCUGUAUAUGUGCGUAUGAGAGGAACUCGUGCCGUGCAGAUGAGUUUGCAGACACGGUGACAGAGAGGGACCACAGGUGAGUCGCCGGCGAUCCGCUUUGCCAAGAGGAUUUUUCCAGCCCCUAAUCACACAGAAAAGCCCUCCAUCUGCUCCCCAGAGGUGGCGGUUCUCAUCUGUUUCAAGUGAAAAUAACCAAGAAUAUAAGAUGGCAGGUAAAAAAGAAUCCCCAGCCAAGUAGCCGUGUUGCCCUGCAUUCCCCCCAGCCAACAUUCCCCUGCGCUGGGGUCUCGGUCCCCGGGCGAGAGAAAGAGCUGCAAAGGGUUAAGCCGCUGACUCUUGCUAGGCAAAGUUUGAAGAAGAAUAUGUCUGAGGCUGGAUACGCUGCAGCCCCGCGUUUGAAAUCUGUCACCCUCACUUAGGAGCGCUGCAUCUCUGGUUGUCACCGGUGAAUAAUGAUCGCACGGCGAUAAGAUCGCUCGGCGGCGGUGCGCCGGGGCCGCCUGGGGGAAGAGAAGACAGGAAAUUGCGAGGCGUUUAGCCGCUUCAACGGGGUGUUCUUCAGUGUCAUCGGUGGGUGUCAGGGUCAAACGACCGGCUGGAGAGCAGUUUGGGAAGAUAAUUUCUUUCUUCCUUUCCUUGAGAGCAACCUUGGGUGUUGGUCAUCAUUGGCAGCUAUGGAAAACAGAGACCUCGGUGGUGAUCCUUAAAACAGUACCAUGCUGGAGCCCAGCUGCGCUGCCACUUUCUCCCCUUUCAACCUGCCGGACCCGGUGGGCUUUGGGUGACCUACCGAGAAGGAACCCACUUCUGCAGGAGCAGGCAGACCAGAUCUGGCAGAUAGUGAAUAUGAGGACUUUGCUGACUUCAGAAAGCUGACAGAAGCCAACAGACUUCAGUGAAAUACACCUCCAAGCACAGACUUUUGGUAGCUUUAAAGUAACCUGUGGUUCAUUUGCAAAGACAUGGCUACUGGUUCUUUCAGCACACAUGGAGGAAGACAACAAACAUUGUAAUCCUGGCUCAUAAAGACUGUGUUUUCCUUAUCAGAAUAGGAGGCAGACCAAUUAUAAAAAGAUUAUUUUAUGCUUAGCCUCCAGGACUUUAACUCUGGCCUGAACACUGGACAAAAAUAGAAGCCAAUUUUAAUGACCUGAGAUUUUGUUACCUGUGCGCUAUUAUUGUUAUCAGUUCUUAAACACUUUGGUACUUUAUUUCUUUAAAUUAGACAUGGGUUUGUGGACUAAAAUGUGGCCCACAGAUUGGGCUCUUCUCAUGAAAUCAUGGCUUAUCUUUUCCCUGGGGCUCUACAUACAGGUCUCCAAAACUUUGGCCUGCCCAAAAGUUUGCCGCUGUGACCGAAACUUUGUCUACUGUAAUGAACGAAGUUUGACCUCAGUGCCUCUUGGGAUACCGGAGGGUGUAACCGUCCUCUACCUCCAUAAUAACCAAAUUAAUAAUGCUGGAUUUCCUGCAGAGUUGCACAAUGUCCAGUCUGUGCACACAGUCUACCUGUAUGGCAAUCAAUUGGAUGAAUUCCCCAUGAACCUGCCCAAGAAUGUCAGGGUUCUCCACCUGCAGGAAAACAACAUUCAGACCAUUUCACGUGCUGCUCUUGCUCAGCUUUUGAAGCUGGAAGAACUGCACUUGGAUGACAACUCCAUCUCCACUGUUGGCGUUGAGGAUGGGGCAUUCCAGGAAGCCAUCAGCCUCAAGCUUCUGUUCUUGUCCAAGAAUCACUUAAGCAGUGUGCCAGUAGGCCUUCCGCUGGACUUACAAGAACUUCGUGUAGACGAAAACCGAAUUGCUGUCAUUUCAGACCUGGCCUUCCAGAAUCUUACAAGUCUGGAGCGUCUGAUCUUGGAUGGCAAUCUCCUCACUAAUAAAGGCAUAGCUGAAGGCACUUUCAGUCACCUCUCUAAGCUCAAGGAAUUCUCAAUAGUUCGGAAUUCACUGACUUACCCUCCUCCCGAUCUUCCAGGUACACAUCUGCUAAGACUUUACUUGCAGGACAACCAGAUAACCCAUAUACCACUUACAGCCUUUUCAAACCUCCACAAACUGGAACGUCUUGAUAUUUCCAACAAUCAGCUUCGGAUGUUGACAAAGGGAGUAUUUGAUAAUCUCCAUAACCUGAGACAACUCACUGUAAGGAAUAAUCCCUGGUUAUGUGACUGCAGCAUUAAGUGGGUCACUGAAUGGCUCAAAUUUAUUCCUGCUUCCAUCAAUGUACGUGGUUUUAUGUGCCAGGGACCAGAGCAGGUCCGAGGUAUGGCAGUCAGGGAGCUCAAUAUGAAUAUGUUGUCAUGCCCCACCACCACCCCUGGUCUGCCACUUAUCAUCACCCCAGUCCCAGCUACAACCAUGCCGACUACAUUAGUUCCCAGCCCAUCAUUUCCUCCCUCAAGUAAUAAAUAUAAUCCUCUCACUCCCAUCAUAGCCACACUCCCCACUGUGCCUGACAGGGAGGACAGAGAAAGGGUGACACCUCCUUUGUCUGAAUGGAUUCAGCUCUCCAUCCAUUUUGUGAAUGACACUUGCAUCCAAGUCAACUGGAUGUCACUUUUUACCGUGAUGGCAUACAAACUCACAUGGGUUAAAAUGGGCCAUAGUCUGGUAGGAGGAAUAGUUCAUGAACGAAUAAUUAGUGGGGAAAAGCAGCAAUCAAGCUUGGUAAAUCUGGAGCCCAAAUCCACUUACCGGAUUUGUUUGGUUCCACUGGAUACUUAUAACAACUACCGGACUGGAGAAGAUACUGUCUGUUCAGAAGCCACCACCAAGGCUUCCUUUUUCAAUGGCAGCAACAUCCCUUCCAGCCAUGAGCAGACGACUUCUCAGAAUCUGGGCUCCCCAUUUCUGCUGGCAGGGUUGAUUGGGGGUGCAGUGAUAUUUGUCCUCGUGGUCUUGCUCAGCAUUUUUUGCUGGCACAUGCACAAAAAAGGUCGUUACACUUCCCAGAAGUGGAAAUAUAACCGGGGCCGUCGGAAAGACGACUACUGUGAGGCAGGGACCAAGAAGGACAACUCCAUCCUGGAGAUGACGGAAACCAGCUUCCAGAUUGUCUCCUUAAAUAAUGAUCAGCUCCUUAAAGGAGAUUUCAGACUGCAGCCCAUUUAUACCCCAAACGGGGGCAUUAACUACACAGACUGCCACAUCCCGAACAACAUGCGAUACUGCAACAGCAACGUCUCAGACCUGGAGCACUGUCAUACGUGAUAGUGAGGGACCAUGGGGGUCUCUAGGACAAGGAGAAAAAACUCUAGAAAAAAUAAGCCCCCCAAGAAUAAAGAAAAAAAUUACAUUUGAUAAAUGUUAUACAGAUGCAUUUAUGCAUUUGAAUACUCUGUAAUUUAUACGGUGUACUAUAUAAUGGGAUUUAAAAAAAAAGUGCUAUCUUUUCUAUUUCAAGUUAAUUGCAAAUGGUUUUGUAACUCUUUGCUUUUUAAAUCUUUAAAAACUAUUGCUAAGUACUGUACAGGGUUGUACAAUAAGAACCCAAUGUCAUGGCAAAGGAAAGAAUGACUCAUUCUUCAAACAUUAACCACUUUGCUGUCGAAGCAGUCUGAGGGAUGUUAAGUUUCUAGGUGUCCUGGAAUACAGGAAAAUAAGUGCAUAUUUAAACAGGGUCACUAGGAACAGACAAAGACAAUUCAGAUAAAAUGGGCACAAUCCUUCUGACAUGAACCCAGCAGUUGCUGUUGAGCUUCAAACAAUUGGAAAUACAUCCCUUCUUCUUUGUCAGGUCUGCACUUCUCACCUCCAACUGAAAGCUGGAGUACUGAGAGCUGCCAAAAAAGCUACUCUCUUGUUUGAUUAGUUUUCUUUCAAUCUACUUGCAAUAGGAAACAUGGAAAGAACUCCGUGUCAAACUCAAAGUGACCUUGAUUCCUAUUUGCAAAAGUUGCUCUGAAAAUAUCCCCAAUACUACAUACUUUAUCUCAGAAACUGUUUGUGCUUUUCAUUAGGAUUAAGAAGCCUUAGGCGUUCACUGACCCUUCUCAGUGAGAGGUGAAGGUUAUGUAAGAAUAUGUAACAGAGAGCUGUCUUUAAGUUGCACCUCUUAAUAGAGCAUCAUUUGUUAUCAUAGCAUGUUCAGGUAAAGACAGAAUGAGGGAAAUUCUGAGUGCUCCCAGCUCUGCAGUAUUCAUGUACGUGUUCAUGUUAAUUUGAAAUCAAAAAGUGUGUAUUGCUGAAAACAUGGUGCAAAAUAUAAUGGCAAUAGAAAGAUUUUGCUAAUAAUUUGUAUGGUUCAAGCCUUGUUUGAUCUAAGGGCCUGAGUUAUGUUCAGUGUGGAGAAAUAGGGGAAAGAAAGACAAAAGAGAAAACAAACAAUAAAUACAUUGUAAAAAAUUAUUUAGUAUUGGGAAGACCUUGAGGGCUUUUAUAAACUGAAAUAUCUUCAGUGGGGAAAAUCAUGUACAAAUCUUUGUGGGUUUUGUUUGUUGUUUGUUUUGCUUUUUUUCCUUCCCAAUUAAAAUAUACAGAGACUGACAUUAGCUAAGCAUUUGAUUGACUGGGAAAUUUUGAGAACACAGGUACACAGUGUCCCUCUGAAUUACCCUUCUUUUACCUUAAGCAUUUUGAAGUUUUCCGUAAUGAUUUCUGCUUCACAAGCAGUAGCUGGGAUUAGAAUUUGCUUUUUUAUACCCUCAGAUUCUUCACAGUCCUUGAGCUUUACGUGCACUAUGCAAAAUAUCAUGCUUGUAUUAAAACCAUAAUGCAGCUCUCAAAAUUAGGUAAUAUUGCAGCCACUCUGCUAACUCAGUGACUGCCAAGAACUGUGGUGCAAUCUCAUUAUUUAGGGGUUUUCAAUUUACUUUUUAAUGUAGCUAAUUUUCUCCUGAGUUUGGGGCCAAGCUAAAACUACAUCACAAAGAAAAAAAAAAAAAAGAAAAAAAAAAAAGAGACAAAACUUCCCUGUGGUAGUAGGGAACCAAAGAGAGAAAGUUUUACAGUGAUCACCUAGGGAUAGACAGAAAGUUACUCCAUGUGGAUUAGAAGAUUAGAAGUAAAGGCUGAAGCACUUUCAUAGUGGAAUGCUUAGACUUUCCGCUUUAUGAAGCUCCUUUUGCUGGGAGAGAAGGUUUUAAUCCUUUCCUUCACUCAUUUCACUCAACCCAUUCUUGAAACUCAGCAGUCUAUGAGCAUGUAUUUUCUGUAAUUCAGAUCACAUGAUAACACUAAUUUUCUGCAAUGACAAAACAAACCCAGUUAUGAUUGAUGGCAAAGUAUGACCAUUUUGUAAGGAACCACAUCCUGCCACCAACACCUUUUAAAAAAAUCACAUUUUGAAAUUACAGUCUAAUUUCUAUAUAUUUGCUAUUUUCUCCAGCUAUAGCAGGUAUUCUAAGCAACCUUGUGGCUACUGUAAUAGUUAAGUCACUACAAUGUUGGAUUAAAAGUUUACCAUAUGAUUUCAAAUAGCAUAAUUCUAGGUAGAAAAGUCUAUGCAAAGUGGAUGGUUUUUUUCUGUCAUCUAUUUACUGUCAUCUAAAGGUUUAUACUUUUGGGCUUUGGUUUUGGUGGUUUCUUUUUUGUUGUUGUUUGUUUUGUUUUGUUUAACAUAUUUUAGAUGCCACAGCUCAAAGGACAAGCAGCAAACAGUUGUGCUUCUGCACACUUCUGUUGAAUGCUGGAGUUCGCUUGAAGUUAAGCAGAGCCAGUGAUUCCCAUUGGGUGUGGACAUAGUAUUUAAUUUCAAUGAAAUAACUGGUUGUACAUUUGGUUUCAAAAGGCCUCCUUUGAAAAUACAAACUGAAUAGUAUUUACUGAUGCAGGAGGAAUCUCCAGUUCUAGACCUCAGUAUACUACAGGCACCUUAUUUGUGGCAAUUGACUUAUUCAGGGAGUUUGGCCUGUACUGCAGGUGAAUGAUCCAGAAGCCCAACCUGAUGACAACAAAUCUGGUUACUUAUAGAUAGGGUGAUAACAGAAGGCAUUCACAAACCGUUCAUUUCGAUCUUGAAUGAUAAAACAUAUAUAUGUAUGUUUAUAUAUAUAUGUAGACUAUGACUCGCUUACCUAGAUCAAAAAUCACAAUGAUAUUAAAGAUAUCAUACUUUAUGUUUCUCUUCAAUAUGAAAAAAAAUCAAUUUGUAUGGGAUACUGACAAAAGUUUCUUUACUAUGAAGGCUCUUCUGAGAAAACAUAGCUAGCACCUUGUACUGAAAUUUGUGGAUAGAGCUGGGAAUAUUAUCUAAAAAAUUCAGAGUUGUAGUCAACUGAAAGGUCAUAUCUGGAAUUGGAAGAAUUUUCUCCCUAUUUAAUUGUUCCUUAGCUCCAAAAGAGUUAAUGUAUUUGAACCCACAAUUGAAAUUGAGAUUUCUAAAAGUGUCAAUGACACAAACAUCUGAGAUUUCAUUUCAGUUCCCACCUAGAUAAGCCCUUAGUGAGCAAAUUUCACUAGGUCAAGUAUGUAGAAAAAGUCAGAGUUAAAAAUGGACAGUGAUCUUUUGGCAAUAAAAAGUUUAAGACUCAUAGCUGUUUCCUUGGGCUUUGUAAAACUGGGGAGAUCUUCGCUUUGGAUAGAUAUCUGACUACAUAUAAUAACUAAAGGCUAUAGAGCAGAAGUGCCAAAUAUGUACACGUGCAACUCAUUCAAAAUGUUCACUUUUAAGUCCUGAUUUGGUCAAGUUCAUUGGAUCUAGGGACAAUUUUUUUUUCAGACAAAAUCUCACCCAUCUUCCAUUGUAUACUGCUAAUAGUUGACAUAGACAUGCAGAAAGAUUGGUGAGUAGAAUAAAAGAAGCAUUUUAGUGAAAUUUUGUUAAAGAAGUAUCACGACACUGCUGUUCCCAGUACUUGGCUUCCUUCUGAAGACGUAUGUAUUUACAAACAGGUCCUUAUUUUCAUGGAUUGUGUCACUUUAAUAAGUGCUACUUGCAUGUGGCUUGCUGGCAGAAACAAACACCUGAUUAAUGCAUGGACUUUGUGUUAACAGGUUCUUAUUGGAACAUUAUUACCGAAUUUCUUUAUAAGAAUAUUUAGGGAAUAAGCUACUUUGAUCUGAAAAGAUACUCGCAGUUUUCCAUGUAACCCAAUAAAGGACUACAGUGAAUAUCAUGUAAAACAGAAAAAUGAAGUAGCAUAUGAUAUUUGCUAGUAGAGUAGUUCAACUAUAUUUUUCUCUGAACAAUUUUCUUUUUUUCAUGAGAACAAGUUUCCCCCUCUGAAAAAAUUAUUGAUUUCAAUUUUGCAAACAGAAAAACUUUAUGCAUAUUGAUAAUAUUGUUUUAAGGGUCUACAUAAGGCACUUUAUUAAUGGCAUUGAAGUAAAAGUUCAGUCUCAGCUUUUGACAGUAAAGUGGUUAAUUCCCAUUGAAUUCUACAUUUAUAGUACUUCUUCACUUUAAAUUUAACAUGGAGAUAUUAAAGUUUUUUUCUUUAGAACAUGAGAAUAAUGGUUUUACACAUGACUUAUCUUUACAGCUCAGUGGAAAAA